GCGCCCAUCCUAGCUGCGCGCAAGAAACUGCUGGAGGAGGGGAAGGCGGCAGCAGGGGAGGCGAAGGCGAAAGCGGAAUCUGUAGCUGAGAGGAAACAGGCGAAGCUGAUGGAGAGGGAGAUGGCACACGUGUUGCCAGAGCCGUUUCUUGGCCCCAAGGAAAAGGCCUUGGUGAAGAUUGCCACCAAGGGAGUUGUUCGACUCUUCAAUGCGGUCAGCAAGGCCCAGAAGGUGCAAAAGCAAGCUUCCACCAAAGAUGCGGAUAAGAAGACCAAGGCAGCUUUCCUGACGGAACUAAGAGGCUCAACGGCAACGAUAGGUGCCGUUGGUGGGGCUGCGGCAAGGCUAGGAGGCAAGGCUAAGCCAGAGGCUGUCAUGUCAGCAGCAGCAGCGGCAGCAGAGGAGCCGACGUGGUCCCUAUUGGCCGAUAGCUUCCAGUUGGGGCAGUCGAAUCUCAAGGGGUGGGACAAGGGCGACGAGGCGCCCAUGGCGUUUGACCCUGAGGGCAUUGCUAUCGGGGAGCUGGAUGAUGAGGAUGACGAUGGGGGAGGGGAGGAUGAUGAUGAUGAGGAGGAUGCUGUUGGUGAUAUGGAGGAGGAGGACGAGGAGGAUAGUGAUAGUGGUGAUGAUGAGUGA